AUGCCCUACGCCGUGCAACCAUGGCAUCCACAGGACGGAUAUAAACCUCCUACCGAGGAAAUCGUUGUAGAAGAGAUUUUUGAUGAUGAAGAUGGAAAGUAUUCGGCGGUAGAAAAGGAUGAAAAUCAUACUGGCCAGGGUGCUGCGUUCGUUGACCCACUGUCCGAUACUAGAACUCGAUCUUCAUAUACCGAAACUAAUACACGAUAUACAGACGGACGGCAGGAACAUCAACAAGCACCUUCGUAUUCACGUCCUCGAGUUCAUAUCACACGUAAAUCGUACGGUUCAUACACAGAAGCUAUUCCACAACAAACAUCACCCUGUCCUAGACUUCAUAUCAGACGUACCUCGCAUGGUUCGUACAGGGAAGCCGUGCCACAACGAGCAUCACCGCGUUCUUCCCUUGCAUACACUGCGCCUAUAAACCACCCGGAAACGCCGAUGCGUUACUUUGAUGUGGGAGGAAGGCAAUAUCCGUACUAUUUCCAUAAUUAUGAAGAUGCAGGAAUCGGAUUCUGGCGACUUGAUCCGCCUUAUCGGUCUUCGGAUACAACAGGAAUGAGUAGGUCCGAGACGCUUCAUCCAAGAACUCGAGAUAUUCCAUAUAGAAGGGCUGAGGGAGCAAGUGAUUUUGGCCGAUAUCUAGAUGAUAGCGAACUCAGAGUGGUGGAAUGGCGGGAAGACGUGGCAAGCCAAACGGCUAGGCAAAGUGACGCGCGAAACCGGGAAGAAGCGCAUCAUUCGAGAAGAGAUAGGAACCAGUAA